AUUGAGUACAAGUAGUUAAAAGAAAAGGGAGGGAACAUUAUUGAAAAUAUGGAAGAAUACGACCUAAUAAUCAUCGGAGCCGGUACCUUUCCCUCCUCCCUCCUCCCUUCCCCCCAAACCCCAAACUCCCACUCACUAAAAAACCCCCAGGACCCUCCGGCCUCCCCCUCGCAAAAACCCACCUCCAGCUCUCCCCCAACUCCGCCCUCCUCAUCCUCGAAGCCCAGCAGUCAGUAGGCGGCACCUGGGCAAAAGAACGCACGUACCCAGGUCUCAUAUCCAACAACCUGCACCCUCUGUUUGAGUACUCUGAUUUCCCGAUGAGUGAGGAGCGAUUCGGGACGCGGAAGGGGGAGCAUAUUGAGGGAGCGGUGUUGAGUGAGUAUUUUCAUGCGUAUGCGAUGCAUUUUGGGGUUUUGGGGUGUGUGAGGUUUGGGGCGAGGGUGGGGAGUUGUGAGAUGGGGGGUAGGGGGUGGGUUGUUAGGUAUGUGGUUGAGGGGGAGGGGAAGGGGGAAAGGGUGGUGAGGGGGAGGAAGUUGGUUUGUGCUAUGGGGAGUACGAGUCAGGAGUAUGUACCGAGUUUUAGGGGGAUGGAGGGGUUUAAGGGGAUGAUGUUUCAUUCGAAGGAGGUUCCUUGGAGGAGGAAGGAUAUGGAAGGUGCGAAGAAUGUUGUGGUUGUUGGGGGCUCGAAGAGUGCUGCUGAUGCGGUGUAUAUGAAUGCGUCGGAGGGGAGACAUGUUGACUGGAUAAUUAGAGGUAAUUAUUUUGCAUUUCCCUGGAGUUCUGGUUGUGCUAAUUAAUGUCGUCUUGCAGCUUCGGGGAAAGGUCCUGCGUGGCUUUCAUGGCCACAUGUUUCUCCUCUCCAAUUGCAUGUUGAGAAGUUAUCCACAACUCGCUUCUUCACAUUUCUUUCGCCCUGUUUUGAUACAGAUUCUUAUCCCACGAUCCGGAAAUUCUUCCAUAACACUAGAAUCGGAAGGUUCCUCGUGCGUUCAUUUUUCAAGUUAAUAGAGGGUGAUCUCAUAUCCCAAGGAAAAUACAACGACCACCCUGAAAGCAAGAAGCUUAUUCCACCACAAAGUCCUUUCUGGAGCGGUACCUCCCUAGGAAUCUUCAAUUACCCCACCGACCUCAUGUCCCUCUUCCAAAAAGGGCUAAUACACGUACACCGCGUCGAUAUCUCAGAAUUAACCGAGCACGGCGUCCUACUCAGUUCAGGCGAGGAAGUAAAGGCAGAUACACUCAUCCUCGCAACGGGAUGGAAACUCCUACCCAGCGUGAAAUUUCUCCCUGAGAAUGUCCUUACAGAUGAGAAGAUGGGGUUAACCUCUUCAAAUUUCAACGUCGAGAAGAAGAAAGCAGCAGCCCAAGAGCUAGUCAAACGCUUCCCCGUCCUCUCCGAGCGCCUCCCAACACUCAUCCACCCCUCUGAACAAACCUCCUCCUCCUACUCCCUCUACCAAGCCAGUAUCCCCCCAAAUUUCCUCACCUCGCGAAACUUCGCCUACGCAGGUCUCGCGCUCUCGCUGCGCGGGCUCAUGGUGUACGAAAUCCAAGCGUUGUGGCUUCUCGCUUUCCUCGCUGAUUCUCUCACUCUACCGGUGCCGACUGAGGAGGAGGCAGAGUGGGAAGCGAUUAGCAGGAAUGUGUUUUAUCAGAUGAGGGCUGGGCAGGGGAUUGGAGGGAGGAGUACGGAUAUGGCGUUUGAGAUUUUGCCGUUUACUGAUACGCUUGUGAGGGAGUUGGGGUUGA